GGGGCCGGCUGUUGGCAGCAGUUGGCGGGGCCGGGAGGCGGCUGCACGUGCGGGCGGGGGCGAUGCGUCACUGACCGGAGGGACAAGGAUGAACAUGACUCAAGCCCGGGUGCUGGUGGCCGCAGUGGUGGGGCUGGUGGUGGUCCUGCUUUACGCCUCCAUCCACAAGAUUGAGGAGGGACACCUGGCCGUGUACUACAGGGGAGGAGCUUUACUAACUAGCCCCAGUGGACCAGGCUAUCAUAUCAUGUUGCCUUUCAUUACUACGUUCAGAUCUGUACAGACAACAUUACAAACGGAUGAAGUUAAAAAUGUGCCUUGUGGAACAAGUGGUGGGGUCAUGAUCUAUAUUGACCGAAUAGAAGUGGUUAAUAUGUUGGCUCCUUAUGCAGUGUUUGACAUUGUGAGGAACUACACUGCAGAUUAUGACAAGACUUUAAUCUUCAAUAAGAUCCACCAUGAGCUGAACCAGUUUUGCAGUGCCCACACACUUCAAGAAGUUUACAUAGAAUUAUUUGAUCAAAUAGAUGAAAACCUGAAGCAGGCACUGCAGAAGGACUUAAAUGUCAUGGCCCCAGGCCUCACUAUCCAGGCUGUGCGUGUUACAAAACCCAAAAUCCCAGAAGCCAUAAGAAGAAAUUUUGAGUUAAUGGAGGCAGAGAAGACAAAACUUCUUAUAGCUGCACAGAAACAAAAGGUUGUGGAGAAAGAAGCUGAGACAGAGAGGAAAAGGGCUGUUAUAGAAGCAGAGAAGAUUGCACAAGUGGCAAAAAUUCGCUUUCAACAGAAGGUGAUGGAGAAAGAAACUGAAAAGCGCAUUUCUGAGAUUGAAGAUGCUGCAUUCCUGGCCCGAGAGAAGGCGAAAGCAGAUGCUGAGUAUUAUGCUGCACACAAAUAUGCCACCUCAAACAAGCACAAAUUGACCCCAGAAUACCUGGAGCUCAAGAAGUACCAAGCCAUCGCUUCUAACAGUAAGAUCUACUUUGGCAGCAACAUCCCUAACAUGUUUGUGGACUCCUGUGCUUUGAAAUAUUCUGAUGUUAGGACUGGAAGAGAAGUCUCCUUUCCCCCUGAGGAGGCUCUUGAACCCUCUGGAGAGAGCCCCAUCCAAAACAAAGAGAACACAAGUUGAUGCAAGAGGUGGAAAUGCUCUCCCAUAUCAAGGUGUGACCCAAGGGGCUAAGUGGGAACAGUGAUUAUGUGGACUCUUCAGAUUCACAGAGCAUUUGUGCUCUGUUGUGACUUCUCUUGUCAUGGUCCUGGUUUGCCAGCUGACUGCAGGAUAGGACCAGCUGUCUGGCGCUCAAGUGGUCUUUGCAGCCACAGUCUUAUCAAGUAUCCUGUAUGUUUUCCUUUGUAAACUGGUACUCAUGAGUGAGGGGAAGUGACGCUAACAUACUGCCUGCACUGGAAUGUCAAACACUAUAUAACAAGCUGUGGUUUUUGUUUUGUUUUGUUUUUUUAAGCUGAGGUCUAUUAAAUAAUGUUUACAUUGGUCCUUGGGGACUUGUGUGCUCAGACAUUCAAGAGCUAGGAGGCCAGAGAAAAAGACCACCAGAAGAUGGUUAAGUUAAAGAAGACUGUGACACUUGGGACCCAGGCUCUCUUUAAAGUCCUGUGCCAGCAUUCCUACAUGUGAUUAACAGCCAGGCCUCUGGAUUCCUAAGAAAUGAUCUUCCAGUUGAGCAACCAUUUACUUGAUACAAUUUGUACCUUUCUGUUUUCCUGCAGUCAGGUUGGUGGCCUGCAGGGACACACACUUUGCCACCCAACCAGAGGUUUCUCGAAGAGGUUCCUGAUCAUGCAUUUAUUGCAUUCAAGAAAGCAGCUGAAAUUUAAGGGAAAUAAAACCUGCACAGCACCAAAACUGUGGGGGCCUGUAUUUCUGUAUUGGGUAAUGAUGUCAAUAUCACUGCCCAGCCCACGUGUGACUAAAGUGCUUGGUUUUAACCACAGACAACUGUUUAGAUGUCUUGGAACAAGGCUUUAACCUGAUACAGGAGCAAUGUACAAUCCCUAAUUGGCUGCACAGUAUUAUAUCAUAAUUGCAGGGCGUUUGUAUUUUAAAACUGGAUUUGGGGUACAUUCAUUUGCCCCAGCAUUUCUGUCUAAAGGUCAAGGUUCUAGGGCUGCCAUGGUUGUUAACACACUGAGUCUUCUUAAAGUCGUUCACAAAGUGUGGAGCCAAGUAACCUAGAGAGCAUCCUCGGCAAUCUUUGUAGCCUUCCCUCUGACCCUUGGAUGCUGGUAUCAAAGUUGCUUUUCCAACUUUCACCUCUAGGAAAUCAGAAUUCUAUUGACUUCCUGGCCAGCCGUUGAAUUUAUUUUCCAUAAGAAGAUAACAGAGUUAACCUGUGGCUAUAGGAGAUCUGUUUCAUCCUGACCUUUUUUCCCCUAUCAAAUUAACUUUCCUGUAACAUUAUGCUGCACAGGUAGACCUGAGUCUGGCAAGCUUGUUGACAGCUCUUGUGUAUACUGUGUUGAAGCCAGACAGAAAAGUAAUGGGACCACUUCCUGAAACCUCUCAGCCAUUGCCCACAACAGCUGAAGGGUUGUGCCAAACAUUUUCUUCGAAAAGGAAAGCCCAGAUUUGAAUGGGUCUUUUCCCCAGGCCUUAUAGUGUAGAGGCAUUUGUAAUAUGGAGAAAAUAAUUUUUCUCAUUUAAUAAUAUAAAUUACCCUUAAGUGACUUUUGUGUUCUUUAGCCCUUGUUUCAAGAAUUUUUGAACUAUAUAAAUAUACCUGUCAUAUUGUUGCUGCGGAUAAAUAAUGAUUGCUGUGGGAUAUCUGGAUCAUUGAGCUUUAUGCUUUCAUUUCUAGAGAUGUUUCUUAUUCCCAUUAGUGAAUGGCUGUUGUUCCAAAGUGAUGGCUGUGGGUUUUCUUAACCAGCCACAGGCCCUGUUGGCUGGGCUGAGGAACGGGGAGGGAAGUGCCAUUGUCAAAAGAUUACAGAAAGCACUUCCACUUGAGCUCCCCCAGUGGGGUGAGCUUCCACAUGCCCGCCCAUCCUUCAGGGAUGUUCCUUUUGGUAAAUAUACACUGUAAUCUUCAAGUCUAAAUUUAUAUGUGAAAGCUACCUUUUUAAAAAUAAGAACCUAAAUAAAAUUAUUUUCCUAC